AUUGAAUUAAAGGUGAAAUCCUUCCAAAAAAAAAAAUCUUUUAAAGAUGACUUUAUAUUCGGCAUCAUUAUCAUCAUCGUUAUUGGUGUUUACAUUUACAUUUAUAAAUGUUGUUAUUCAAUUUAUGUUUGUCAAUGGUUAUUAUGGACCACCAAAAAGUUUUGGCUAUAAAACCGAAACAUAUCAUCCAAUUCCACGUAGCUAUGUUUAUCAUGAACAACAUUUUCCAAAAAUAUCUAAAUCAUAUUAUGAACAUGAACGUCCAAAAUUAUAUAAUAAUCGUUUCAAUGAUCAUGAUGAUGGUGGUGGUUUUAAAUUUGAUCAUUAUCAACCACCAAUGAAACGGCAGAUUAUUACUUAUCAUCAUCAGCCACCAGCACCUAUAAUGAAGAAAAAAGAAAAAGAAAAUGAUUCAAUUAAAUUUAGUGUCGAUAUACCUGUUAAAAAUAUGGAUUUUGGUAAAGGUUUAGAAAAAGAAAUUAUGAAUGUUCAUGAUGGUUUAGCUGAACAUACAAAAUCAUCUGUCGGUGGUGGUGGUGGUCAUGAUGAUGAAUAUGGUGGUACUAGUGGUGGUGGUAGUUAUAACAAUGAAAAUGGUUAUGGUGAUCAAGAAAAAGAAAUGAAAAAAGAUUUAUCAAUACCCGAAAUAUCGAUACCAAAAUUUGAUGUGGAUGGUAUGUUGGAUAAAAUUAAAUGACGUAUAAUCGAACGUAAACAAUCAACAUUCGAACGUUAA